UCUAGUUACUGUCAAAUUUUCGCAGGGAGCGUGAGAUUUUUGUUAAAUAAAAUUUUCUCAGAAUAUUUUAGAAUAAAGUCUUCACAAUGGUAGAAGCACAGAAAUAUAGAUUGGAGCAGGAGAUGACCAACUUAGUCAACGAGUUGGACAAAAGUUAUUUGAGACGAAUGCAGGGUGACAUGCACAAGUGUGCAGCAAGAUGCUGUGAUGACCAGACCUCGACCCUGGAGCGAGUGCAUGGCUGUAUUGAAAACUGCACCACCUCACUCAACCAGGCCAAUAACUAUGUACAGGGAGAGAUCAACCACCUGCAAAACAGGCUGCAGCGCUGCGUGAUGGACUGCAAUGACUCUGCACGCGACCGACUGGGCUCGGACCCCAACCAAGAAACUAUCGACAAAGCAACGAUAGACUUCGAGAAAUGUGCAGUGAAGUGUGUAGACAAACAUAUAUCGAUCAUACCUAGUAUGAUGAAGACUAUGAAACAAGUCCUGGCGAGUGGCAAGCCCCCACCACCCAAGGAUCAGUGAGGGUAGUUCUAAAAACAUUCAUCUUGUAAGAAGAUUUUCGUUUUAACAUGGUAUAAGAAGACCAGUAAGUAGGGUCUGCAUGACAACCGUGCCGCGCGCGGCGCGUAUUAUAUUCAGCGCUUCGACCAAUAAACGAUACGAAUGCUAUCUACUUAAAUGGACUUCAAACGGCUAUUGGUCGAAGGCCUCCAUAUAAUUCGCACCGCGCGCGGCGCGGUUACUGCGCAGGUAUGCUCAAUCCUAUGACAAGCCGCCAUUGCUAGCCCAUCGAUGACGUAAGUGUUACCAUUAAAUUGGUAUCACCAACAUUCCAAGGACGUAAAUUUUAUUAUUGAAAAUGAAGUGAAUUACUGACUAAUGUGUUUAAUUACUAUUAUUUGUCACAUAUAUAAAAAAAACAUUGAAACUGUACGUAAAUAAAUCUACUACAACUUCUUUUACUAAAAGUACAAAAUUUCCUUGCAAGGUAAAUUAAAAACAUUGGAUGUGGGUAAUUUAUUUUUUACGAAAUGGCAACUUUGUGUGGGAUGACGUCAGCUGGGCUAACCUUGAAAUGCUAGCUGUCAGUUUUGAGCAUACCUAGUUUUCUUAUACCAUGCGUUUUAAGGUGCCAAGCUACUUGUAAUUGUGUACUGAGAACCCCAAUUGGGAUAUAACCGUGUAGUCAAACGUCUCAGAUACGUCAGUAAGGUCAAGGGCUAAAUGUCGCAUUUAUCAAAGCUGAAAAUUGUUGAAAAAAAAUAAAUAAAUAGGUAUAUUUUUAAAACUGUGUUUUCGGCAGAGCAUUUACGAGUUUGAACCCCGACUUGUGUACAUAGUCUUUUAAGUUUAUUUUUGGCUUUUAUUUUAGAAUAAAUGUUUAUGAAUAUUUAGUUACAA